AUGGAGGAUUACCAGCCGAUGAAGUUCGAUUUUCCUGAUGAAGACGUGUUGUUUCUCAAUGAAUAUUACAGCCAACAAGACCUAGAUGAAGGCCCAGAACCAGGAUCGCGAUGGAUGCUCGUGUUCGACGGUGCUUCAAAUGCUUUAGGAAACGGUGUGGGAGCUGUCAUUACCUCUCCCACAAGUUUUCACAUUCCUUUCACUGCCAUAAUCUGUUUUGAUUGCACCAAUAACAUGGCUGAAUAUGAAGCUUGCAUCUAUGGGAUUGAAGCCACUAUUGAUUUAAGAAUCAAACAUCUUGAGGUAUAUGGGGAUUCUGCCUUGGUCAUUAUCCAAAUUAAUUGGUAUUGGGAAACUCGUCAUCCAAAUCUGAUUCCGUACCGAGAACAUGUGAUGAAAUUGAUUCCAUACUUUAAAGAGAUCACAUUCAACAAUAUCCCAAGAGAAGAGAAUCAUUUAGCAUACGCGCUAGCCACUCUAGCGUCAAUGUUCAAAGUCAAAUGGGCAAAUGAAGCCCCUUCCAUCAACAUUAUGAGAUUGGAUGAGCCAACCUUUUUUUAUAAUAAUGACAAAGUUCUGGAUGAUAAGCCUGGGUUAUAUGAUAUCAAGAGAUACCUGGAGAUACAAGAAUACCCAGAGGAUGUUGUAGCGGUAAAUUCAUGA